CUCGCGCGCCCAAGAGCGUUCCCCUGUCCUUUUCGGGCUGGGCUGUCUCCUUCCCGCUCCCAGUACUCCGCAGCCGGGCUCUCACACCUCCCCUCACUCUCCACGAGUUCCACGCCUCGCGGUGUGGCUCCGCCCCUGUCCCCGAGUCCGCCCCCGCAACCGUCCGAGCGUGUGCACUCCUUUCCCUUCACUCUCCUGCUAUCCAGCGGGUCUGGGUCUCAACGGCCUCCCUCGGACGCCUACGCGCACUCUCCCUCUGCGGCCACCGCUGCCCCCGCCCGCAGCUAGCCGCCUUCGAUCUGGACUCGGGGUCGCGCGCCCUGACUCCGCCCCCCCACUCAGCGGACUCGCGCACUCCCGCCCCGGCCUCUACCCCGCGCAGGCCGCGGAGAGCCUGGCCACCUCCCCCUCCUUCUCCGCUCCUUUCGAGCUCCCCGGGCGCUCUCGCUCUCGCGCUCUCCGAGGCGAGCGCGCUCCCGGCCCGCGCGCUCCGGGCUCCGGCUUCUCCCGGCUCCUGUCAGUGCGGUGACUGCGCUGGGAAACAUGGCGACCGAAGGAAUGAUCCUCACUAACCACGACCAUCAAAUCCGUGUCGGAGUGCUCACAGUGAGUGAUAGUUGCUUCAGGAAUCUUGCAGAAGAUCGCAGUGGGAUAAAUCUCAAAGAUCUCGUACAAGAUCCUUCUUUGUUGGGUGGGACUAUAUCAGCAUACAAGAUAGUACCAGAUGAAAUAGAAGAAAUCAAGGAAACCCUGAUCGAUUGGUGUGAUGAAAAGGAACUUAACUUGAUAUUAACAACUGGAGGAACAGGGUUUGCACCACGAGAUGUCACUCCAGAGAAAUUCCCAACAUUCCCAUUUUGUGGGCUCCAGAAAGGGGCCACAAAAGAAGUAAUAGAACGGGAAGCGCCAGGGAUGGCCCUGGCAAUGCUGAUGGGAUCACUUAAUGUUACACCUCUGGGCAUGCUCUCUAGGCCUGUAUGUGGAAUCAGAGGGAAAACUCUCAUAAUUAACCUGCCAGGUAGCAAGAAAGGAUCUCAGGAAUGCUUUCAGUUUAUACUGCCAGCUCUACCUCAUGCCAUUGACCUUUUACGUGAUGCCAUUGUAAAAGUAAAGGAAGUUCAUGAUGAACUUGAAGAUUUACCUUCCCCACCACCUCCUCUGUCCCCUCCUCCCACAACUAGCCCACAUAAACAGACAGAAGACAAAGGGGUUCAAUGUGAGGAAGAGGAAGAAGAGAAGAAAGACAGUGGUGUUGCUUCAACAGAAGAUAGUUCUUCAUCACAUAUAACUGCAGCAGCCAUUGCUGCCAAGAUUCCAGACUCCAUCAUAUCUCGUGGCGUUCAGGUGCUCCCACGAGACACUGCUUCCCUCAGCACUACUCCUUCAGAAUCGCCUCGUGCUCAGGCUACAUCUCGCCUUUCUACAGCUUCCUGCCCAACACCAAAACAAAUUAGACGGCCGGAUGAAAGCAAAGGAGUUGCUAGUAGAGUUGGAUCCCUCAAAGCUCGGCUUCCCUCGUGCUCAUCUACCUAUAGUGUAUCUGAGGUCCAGUCCAGGUGCAGCAGCAAGGAGAACAUUCUCAGAGCCAGUCACAGUGCUGUUGACAUCACCAAGGUGGCUAGAAGACACCGCAUGUCUCCUUUUCCUCUAACGUCUAUGGACAAAGCCUUCAUCACAGUCCUGGAGAUGACUCCGGUGCUUGGGACAGAAAUCAUCAACUACCGAGAUGGAAUGGGGCGAGUCCUUGCUCAAGAUGUAUAUGCAAAAGACAACCUACCCCCCUUUCCAGCAUCAGUAAAAGAUGGCUAUGCUGUUCGAGCUGCUGAUGGCCCAGGAGAUCGUUUCAUCAUUGGGGAAUCCCAAGCUGGUGAGCAGCCGACUCAGACAGUAAUGCCAGGACAAGUCAUGCGGGUUACAACAGGUGCUCCAAUCCCCUGCGGUGCUGAUGCAGUAGUACAAGUAGAAGAUACUGAACUAAUCAGGGAAUCUGAUGAUGGCACCGAGGAACUUGAAGUACGAAUUCUGGUGCAAGCUCGACCAGGCCAAGAUAUCAGACCCAUCGGCCAUGACAUUAAAAGAGGGGAGUGCGUUUUGGCCAAAGGAACCCAUAUGGGCCCCUCAGAGAUUGGUCUUCUGGCAACUGUAGGUGUCACAGAGGUUGAAGUUAAUAAGUUUCCAGUUGUUGCAGUCAUGUCAACAGGGAAUGAGCUGCUAAAUCCUGAAGAUGACCUUUUACCAGGAAAGAUUCGAGACAGCAAUCGUUCAACCCUCUUAGCAACAAUUCAGGAACAUGGUUACCCCACAAUCAACUUGGGAAUUGUGGGAGACAACCCAGAUGACUUACUCAAUGCCUUGAAUGAGGGUAUCAGUCGUGCUGAUGUCAUCAUCACAUCAGGGGGUGUAUCCAUGGGGGAAAAGGACUAUCUCAAGCAGGUGCUGGACAUUGAUCUUCAUGCUCAGAUCCAUUUUGGCAGGGUUUUUAUGAAACCAGGCCUGCCAACAACAUUUGCAACUUUGGAUAUUGAUGGUGUAAGAAAAAUAAUCUUUGCACUACCAGGGAAUCCCGUGUCAGCCGUGGUCACCUGCAAUCUCUUUGUGGUGCCUGCACUGAGAAAGAUGCAGGGCAUCUUGGAUCCUCGGCCCACCAUCAUCAAAGCCAGGUUAUCAUGUGAUGUAAAACUGGACCCUCGCCCAGAAUACCAUCGGUGUAUACUGACUUGGCAUCACCAAGAACCACUGCCUUGGGCACAGAGUACAGGUAAUCAGAUGAGCAGCCGUCUGAUGAGCAUGCGCAGUGCCAACGGGUUGUUGAUGCUACCUCCAAAGACAGAGCAGUAUGUGGAGCUCCACAAGGGCGAGGUGGUGGAUGUCAUGGUCAUUGGACGGCUAUGAUGGUCACCAGAGCAAGAAAGCUUGAUGCAUGUCCACAUAUCAUUGACUGUAUCCUGUAAUAUGCAACGGCACAGCUAGUUUUUCUGAUUUGGAUAAAAGUUGAUCUGUAUAGUCAACAUCUUGAACUAUAUUUCAGAAGAAUUUAAAUACCUUUUAAAGAAAAAAACACCUAAAAAUAAAUCUUAACAGACAACUCUAUUCUGAUUAUAUCAAAGCAAAUUUUUCCUUUCCUGCAAAUUGCUUUGUGUGUUCAAUGCUAGGUCUGAUAGCGAUAGCUUUUAGUAGACAGCAGUAGGUGCCUGCAGAACUUGUGUUUUUCUCAUCUUUAAAAUACAACUAAUUAUGCUCUUAAUCAAGGCUGUCUGCUUAUUUAUACUAGCGUAGGCAACACUUGGAUUUUCCUUCUUAGUAUGCUUCAUAACGCUUUUCAGAGAGCUUUUGCUUGUUCUUUAUCAUGUAUCUCGUGUUUAUGUGCACAGUGCCAACAGAAGAGUGACUGGGUGGAGGCCCUGCCCUGCCUCAGGGAGAAACCUCCCCUGCAGAGCAUGGGGAGGUGCCUCCCCCCAGUAGCCUCAAGGCACAGUACUCUUGGGCAGUAACUGGAUACCUUUUAUUUGAGUAAACAAACUGGGGGGGAAAAUUGCUUCCUUAAGUGCUGACAGCCUUUUUAACCAAUACAUUUAAAAUUGUACAGAACAAAAAAUAAAAUCAAAGACUGAUCUUGUACAGAUAUUAGUGUUACCAGCAUUCAUGUGGAAAUCAAGAGCAAAGAAAAAAUAAUGUUAAACAACUCUGUACCAUAACAUUUUCUGUAAUGAUACUGAACCUUAAUGAAUAAAAAAAAAAUCCUUGAUCAUUAUUUAAAAA